AUGGGCCAGACUCUGUCAGAGCCUGUCGUCGAUAAGACUUCAUCCGAAGGUCAAGAUGAGUGCUGUAUAUAUGGCGUGUCGGCCAUGCAGGGUUGGCGAAUCAGCAUGGAGGACGCCCAUGCCGCCGUCCUAGAUCUUCAAGCGACACAAACCACCUCCAGCGAUAGACCGACCGAUCCCGAUAAACGCCUUGCUUUCUUUGGAGUAUACGAUGGCCACGGUGGAGAUAAGGUCGCUUUAUUCGCGGGGGAAAACGUUCACAAGAUUGUCGCAAGGCAGGAAGCCUUCGAAAAAGGCGACAUUGAACAGGCCUUGAAGGACGGUUUCCUGGCUACCGACCGGGCUAUUUUGGAAGAUCCGAAAUACGAGGAAGAAGUUUCCGGCUGUACCGCCACCGUCAGCGUGAUCUCAAAGCACAAAAUCUGGGUGGCAAAUGCUGGUGAUUCACGCGCCGUUCUUGGCGUCAAGGGUCGCGCCAAACCCCUCUCUUUCGAUCACAAACCGCAGAAUGAAGGCGAAAAGGCUCGUAUCAGCGCCGCUGGUGGCUUUGUCGACUUUGGCCGUGUGAACGGCAACCUUGCCCUGUCGCGUGCCAUUGGUGAUUUCGAGUUCAAGAAGAGCCCUGAACUCUCCCCUGAGCAGCAGAUUGUCACUGCUUAUCCGGACGUCACGGUUCAUGAUGUGACCGACGAUGAUGAAUUCUUAGUUAUUGCCUGUGAUGGCAUCUGGGAUUGCCAGUCUUCCCAGGCUGUAGUUGAGUUUGUUCGCCGCGGUAUCGCGGCCAAGCAGGAACUUUACCGGAUCUGCGAAAACAUGAUGGACAACUGCCUUGCUUCCAACAGUGAAACCGGAGGAGUCGGCUGUGACAACAUGACGAUGAUCAUCAUCGGUCUCCUCAAUGGCAAAACCAAGGAGGAGUGGUAUAACCAGAUUGCGGAGCGCGUGGCUAACGGCGACGGCCCUUGUGCUCCGCCCGAGUACGCUGAAUUCCGCGGCCCUGGAAUCCGAAACCAAUUUGAAGAGAACCCUGAAGACUACGAGAUCGACAAUGAUCGGGCCCGCCCAUUUAGCAACGACGAGGAACUCUUUGAUCAGACCGAUGAGGAUCAGGAUCUUUCUAACCAGGUGCAACGACAAGAUUCCGAUGCAGAGAGGAAAGAACGCGAAGGGACUCCUGGCCCUACCUCUCAGACAGAUGCCUCCGCUUCAAACGGCUCAGAAUCUUCGACUAGUCCUGGAACGCCGCAGAAACCCGCUUCUUCGUAG